AUGGUUCAUUGCUGUGUGCCAGAGUGCACCAAUCACUCGUCCAAGACUGAAUCUGUCAGCUAUCAUAAAAUUCCCAGUGAUCAAGCUCUCCAGAAAGCAUGGAUUGGUCACAUWAAGCGAGCGAACCUUCCUCCGCUCAAAAAUUGCUAUGUUUGUAGCGAACACUUUGAAGAUUCCUGCUUUGAAGUUAAUCUAAUGGAGCAGCUUAUGGGUCAGAAAAGAAAGCGAAGACUUAAAAGAGAUGCCGUUCCAUCCAUAUUUAACUUUUCYAAGGAAUCCAAACGAAGAGCUAUUUCUGAAAAUAGACUCAAACGUAAACAAGACCAAGAGCUCUCUAACCUGGAUGUCAUUAACCUAAAUGGUGAUGGUCGUUGUGACAGCCCUGGGCACAAUGCCAAGUAUGGCACAUACACCAUGAUGAAAAAUGACACAGGAAAGAUUSCUAUCUUUAAUAUUGUACAAUGCACUGAGGUAACUAGCUCUAAUGCCAUGGAGAAGGAGGGCUUUGUGCGUUGCGUCAACACAUUGGAGGAAUCUGUCAAUAUAAAAAGGAUCACAACCGACCGUCACACUGGCAUCACCAGCACUAUGGCUACAGAUUUCAGUCAUAUUAAACAUCAGUAUGAUGUAUGGCAUUUAUCUAAAUCUGUAGUCAAAAAGCUAAACAAGAAGGCAAAACUGAAGAAGUACCAAGAACUUGCUCCUUGGAUACAGUCAGUAUCUAACCAUCUUUGGUGGUGUGCUGCAACAUGCCAGGGGGACUCUGAACUCCUCAGAGAAAAAUGGAAAUCUGUCCUGCAUCAUAUAGUCAACAAACAUUCCUAGAGGGAUGCAGAGUUAUUCAAGAAGUGUGAUCAUCCUUGCUUGAAUCGCAGGGAAGUUCGCAGCAAGUGCUGGUUGAAGCCAGGUUCGCCAGCCCAUGUUGCCCUGGAGGAGGUUGUUCUUCAACCCAAGCUCCUUAAUGACUUGGCUAAGUAGACAGAAUUUUGCCAUACAGGGGGUCUGGAGGUAUGUCAUUCCUUAAUCCUCAAGUACUGCCCAAAGAGAGAGCACUUCUCAUACAAUGGCAUGGUUGCACGCACUCAACUGGCUGCACUAGAUAACAACCAUAAUGCUGAGAGACAACAGGCUGUCAUCCAGAAAGGGCCAAGGAGCGGAGAGCAACGCUACCGCAAGAGCUUUCCAAAGACUCACAAACGUUGGGUUGUAAAACCUGUGAAAGAGAAGAAAAGCUAUGCUUUUUUAACACAGCUGCAAGUGAAAGUUCUCCAGUUGUGUGAGGGUGGAAUGGAGACUGCAGAAAUUGAUGCUUUCUUUUAUAUUUCACUAUAA